AUGGGACAGGCUCGCAGAGAUGCAUAUCAGCGGCGUAAUCCGAUCGCUCAUAUGAAGCAAUCUACACUGGAUUACGAACUGUUUCCAUUUCAUGCCGAGGUCGUCGUUAUUGGAGGUGGUUUAACAGGAUCAUCAGUUGCCUAUUGGCUAAAGGAGCGCUUUCGAGAUGAAGAUUUUAAAGUGGUCGUUGUGGAAAAUAACGACAAGUUCAACCAGUGCUCAACAAUGCUCUCAGUUGGCGCAAUAUCUCAACAAUUUUCGAUUCCUGAGCACAUUGAGAUGUCUUUAUUCACCGCCGAGUUUCUUCGUCAUGCGGGAGAACACCUUCGUAUUUUAGACAAUGCUACUCCAGAUAUAAAUCUUCUUCCUAAUGGAUUUCUUUACCUUGCUCGGACUGACUCUGAAAUAGAGGAAAUGAGGAAGAACUGGAGAACUCAGCUUGAUAAAGGCGCUUGUGUUGCCCUCUUAAGUAAAGACGAGCUGAAAGCUCGCUUCCCCUUCAUGGAUUUCGAAGAUGUUCUUUUUGGGAGCCUAGGGCUUGAGAAUGAGGGAACAUUUGAUACAUGGCAGCUACUAUCAGCUAUUCGUGAGAAGAAUGUUACGCUGGGAGUACAGUAUGUCAAGGGCGAAGUUGAAAACUUUCAAUUUGAACGAAAUCGAAAUAGAGCUGAUCCUCAUGCAAUGGAGGAUCACGAGAUAGCCGAUCAGGAAAAACUGCGAUCACAGCGGAUUACUGGAGUAUUAGUUCGACCGCAGAUGUCUGGCACAUCAUCACGACCUAUUCGAGCCCAUGCUAUUGUAAAUGCUGCUGACCCAUGGGCGGGGAAAAUCGCUGAAUUGGCCGGAAUUGGCAAGGGUGAUGGGUUGCUCGCUGUUCCAGUUCCAGUGCGUCCCAGAAAACGCACGAACUUCGUUAUCCAUGCUCCAGAUGUUCCCGUUGACAUGCCAUUGCUUGUCGAUCCAUCCGGUAUUCAUUGUCGACAAGUUGAUGUUGGACAUACGUUUGUUGUAAGCCGAACUCUGAUGCAAGGGGAGGAGAAUGUAAACGAAGACGAAUCUCUUGAAGUAGAUUAUGACGAAUUUUAUGAGAAAAUCUGGCCAGUUCUUGUGCGACGAGUGCCUCUAUUCCAAACUGCAAAGGCGAGUAUAAAAUCGGCUUGGUGUGGGUUCCAGGAUGUUAACACUUUCGACAGUGGUCCAGUAAUAGGUGAACAUCCGUUGUAUCAAAAUCUUUACAUGUUAUGUGGAUUUGGAGACCGAAGUGCGAUGCAUUCCCUCGCGGCAGGUCGAGCUUUCGCUGAACGAUUAUUUGAAGGAGCUUAUGUGAAUAUAAAUCUUCGAAAAUUCGAUAUGAGACGGAUUGUCAAGAUGGACAGACUCCGAGAUCCUUUCGUUAAUUAA